CUUUUCUCCAUCUAGAUGCUAUAUCCGGAAACAUGGCCUACCACAACGACAACCGCGAUAACGACGAGGACGUCGAUCAGAGACUUAGCCUCGACGACAUACCUCUCCAACCCCUUGACUCUGACCACAUCGACCUCCCCAGCAAUGCCCCGCUUGAGGUCACGCAUUUCAGAGUCUCAGUCUACACCUACAAACUCGUGGGAGCAGACGUAUGCUGCGGCAUCUUCGUGGAGACCGACCCUUCUCUGACAAACUCCAUGGGCUACCAGUUCCUGGUCCGCCGAGGCACCCCGGCAGACACCCAGAUGGUCUUCAACCAUGGCUAUCGCCACCACCCCUUCAGACCUUUAAAAACCGGGAAGAGCAUGCGGUUGGUUGGAUGGGUGCCCCAACAUGAGUUCCAGGAGGAAAUGCUUGCCGAAUGCAACCGGGUGCCUCCGCCCACACCCAUCCCCGGCCAGCCGCUGGACUUGCUUGACGCCACUCGGCAAUGGGCUAUCACGGCUGUCAACGCAAUGCUCUCUUCCAACGUCAUGAGGCAGCCGCGGCCAUCGGAUAACCAAGCGACGGUUUUCAGGUCGCCCUGGUGAACGAAAGCUGAGGGGUGAUGACGGAUUGGGUCACAUAUCCAGUUGUUACUCAUGUAGUUCUAGUUUGGAUAUCUAUUUAUUGGACCAUGUACCAGUCCCAUGGACUCUUCCUGUUCCUGGCCCGUGAAC